UGAAGGACAGAUUCGACCUUAUUUGGCUGAUCUAAGAGAAAAGAUGGUAAAUAGAAGUGCAGGACUGAUUCGACCCUAUGCCAUUCUUAAUCCUGACAAAAGCGAAGUGAAAAUGAUUUUUGGAAAACAAGAGGAUCAUAUCAGCAAUCGUCGUUCUUGUCACGGUACCAAGUUAUUAAAAAGUUCUUUUAGCUUGGCUCCCUUUUUUUCCCCUUGCGCUGGAGGAACUGGCCAUGGAAGCGGUCAACCAGAAUAUCAGGGUCACUCGGAUAUAUAUCCGUCCACUUUGAAUGUUGUAUCCAACUGUCCCAGUCUCGGAGAAUACAUGCAAAGGUCAUUAGCCAAAUGUGCUGAUGUUUGCGGAAGUUACAUGCAAGAUGGAAACUGCGCGUAUCAUUGCAUGCGUGACUCUUCUAAAACAAAACUGGUAGAAUUUUGUGCCAAACCAAAGCCUCUUUUUGUCUUUUGCCCGGAGUAUGACCAAGUGGAUCAAACUAUCCAAAAGGACCUGUCUACCCUGUGCAACUCUACAUUUUCCCGAAAUUAUUAUAACUCUUCGGAUAUUUACUUCUGUGAUCCCAACAAUUGUCUGCAAUUACGUGAGUCCAGUGUGCGUAGUGGUGCAACAACGCUGACAACUCUGAUGAAUGAAACAACUGAAAUAAAUGACAGGGAUAGUCAGGAAUUGUUUGUAUGGCUGUUUGUUUGUUUGGCGGCUUUAACAUUAGCCAUUAUAAUUGGAUACAUCCUCCACAGCGUUUUUGUCAGGCUUGGAAUUUUCUCAGAACAAUCCCGCAAAAUAACAGAAAAAGGAAAUCAAAAUGGAAAGCAACAUGAAUAUACAGAAGAAAUGAUCACAUUUGGUUGAUGUGAAUUGCAAAUGUUUAUAAGUUGCAGAAUAACGCAUUGACACCUAUAGUCUGUGCAUGCAUCAUAGAUGUACAUUGAUUCUUGCUGACACUAAAACUUUUAAUGGACUAAAAUUGUAACUUAUAAAUGGUUUUGUUUUUAUCGGUUGUCUUUUUUUUAAAACUUGGUUCUUUUAUUGUUUUCCUAAAAAAAUUCUUUUAUUGUAUAUGUACUGAUAGUAAUGACAUUAUCUUUGAUGUGGAAUGAAACUAUACUUAUCAGAAACAUAAACAUUAUAUUAUGCAGAUAUUUCUUAAAUGGCUAGUAGUGUACGCAGAUCAAAGAUAAAAUUAUGCAUUCUUCCAAAUCACUCCCAUGAUGUUGUUUUUGUCAACAAUAGACUAAAAAAUGUCCACAAUUAAGAUUUGAGCGUUUUAAAAACGUUUGUGUUUUUUUGGCUUUGUUGUCAACCAUUGUUCUUCAUUAUCAAAAAGUUGAUUUAAGAUAUUUCUUGAUAUAAUAUAUAUUGUUGUCUAAAUGUCCGAUUGAAGCAUAUAUUUCUAAUUCUUGUCUAGUAAAGAAAACAAACGUUUAUCAAAUCAAAGUCAUAUUCUUGAACUGUUGAACACAAGAAGGAUUAUUCAUGUGAUCAUGAUAUAUGCCUUGUAAGCUAAAACGCUGUUCAGUUACAUGGAUGAAACAUCGCAUCCAUAGAUACUGAGGCAUUCAUACAUGUAAAUGUUAAGACAAUGUACAUGGUGAAGUGUUGACAAAACAUUAUUUUUACUUUCGUAAAUCGACAUACUGAUAGAACGUAUUUUCCCUUAAUUGCACAUUUAUUUUCUAACAGUUCUGUCUAGUUUUAUAGAUUUCUCAUCAAAUCAGUUUAAUAGGACAAAGUUAAAAAAAUUAGCUUAUUUCGUAUUUUGGAUUGCUUGCUUGUAAAAAAUGUUUUU